AGAAGAAGAAAAAGAAAAAGCAUCAUUUUUGAUGGCUCCAGGGUGGGGGAGGACGACUACACAUAAAAACCUUGGACACAAUUUAUGGAUAAAACUAUUGCAUGAAGCUGGCGGGGGGACUGCAUGGUGUGCUUUGUAGGCCCAGGUUUACUUGAUGACAGUGAAGUUGAGAAAAUGGUGAUGUGGUAUGAAGAAGGCGAGAAUAGGAGCCUGAGAGGGGGAUACAAAUCACCCAUGGGGAUCUGAGCAGCUCAGCUGAAGAAUACUGGAAUUUUUCAAGGAUAAGACUGCUGCUUUGAUUAAGGACCUCCAAUUAACUUCAUAUGAAAAAGAGAGGGAGGAAAUCAGCUUCCUGGUCAGGGGGUGGGGGAUAGAGAGAUAUAUUAUUCAUGCCUUGUGUUAGAGCAAUUGGAGAACCGGCUUUGCUGUGGCCUAGAUGAUACAUAUGUGUAUAUAUAUAUAUAUAUAAAUAUAUAUAUAUAUAUAUAUAUAUGUGUGUGUAUAUAUAUAUAUGUGUGUAUUUAUUUAUGUAUGUAUUAAAAUAGUAAACCUUAAGGAAGAGUGGACCGUAACACACAAAAAAGAAAGGGCAAAUGACACUCGGGUAGCCUCAAAGUAAAGCACUUGCGAAAAAAGCAAACGGCUGAAGUGGGUUGAAGCAUGGGCUGUGCUUCAAGUAUUCAUAUCUCUGAUAGGGUGGUCUACCACAGUGGAAAAGAGUCCGAGGAUUCCCACUCACCCCAGCAGACUAAUACCACUCAGCAUCAAGGAAAUCCUGCCUCGGGACUACCCCUAAAACCCCCAAGCUGCAAGACCACAUUAACAGAGGUGCAAUUUGGACCAAUGAAGUUAUUUAAAGAGCCGCUUCAGGUACUUUUAGUUUUUGCCAAAGAGGACAGUCAGAGUAAUGGCUUCUGCUGGGCAUGUGAGAAGGCCAACUUCAGGUGCAGCAUGGCACGAACACCCGAGUCGGCUCUUGAAUGCUUCUUGGAGAAGCAUCAUGACCUCGUCAUCAUUGACCACAGACAUUCCAGACACUUUGAUGCGGAAGCUCUAUGCCGGUCAAUUAGAGAGGUCAACUCUUCAGAAAACACUGUGAUAGUCGCCGUUGUAAAAAGGCCGGACAGAGAGGAAGCCUCUGUGAUGCCCCUGAUCAAUGCCGGCUUUAAUAGGAGAUAUGUGGAGAAUGCCAAUACGAUGGCCUGCUAUAAUGAGCUGGUACAGUUGGAGCAUGGAGAGGUGCGGGCGCAGUUCAAACUCAGGGCUGGAAAUGCUAUUUUCACUGCUCUAGAACAAAGCCAAGAGGCCAUAGAGAUCACUUCUGAAGAUCAAGUAAUUCAGUAUGUGAACCCUGCCUAUGAGUCCAUUAUGGGCUACCAACAAGGCGAGCUAAUAGGAAAGGAAAUAAUAGAAGUGCCUAAAAGUGAGAAGAAUAAGCCUGAUCUCCUUGAAACAAUAAAUUCCUGCAUACGGAAAGGAAAGGAGUGGCAGGGGAUUUAUUAUGCCAAAAAGAAGAAUGGAGACAGCAUUCAGCAAAAUGUGAAGAUCACACCUGUAAUUGGGCAGGGAGGAAAAAUCAGACACUAUGUGUCUAUCAACUGGCCUUUAAAUGAUAAUAAUAAGAGUGAUAAAUCCACUGAAUGUGUGCAGGCAGAGUCUCAAACAGACAUCCAAUCCAGUAAGCACAAAGACCGGAGGAAAGGCUCUCUGGAUGUAAGAUCCACAACUUCUCGGGGGAGCGAUGGGAGCUCACAGCGAAGGCACUCCUCAAUGGCCCGAAUCCACUCCAUGACUAUAGAAGCUCCCAUCACCAAGGUAAUAAACAUCAUCAAUGCAGCGCAGGAAAGCAGUCCUAUGCCCGUGGCAGAGGCCUUGGAUCGGGUACUGGAGAUCCUGAGGACAACUGAGCUCUACUCCCCACAGUUCGGCACCAAGGAUGAAGACCCCCAUACGAAUGACCUCGUGGGGGGGCUGAUGACGGAUGGUUUACGCAGAUUGUCAGGAAAUGAAUACAUCUUGUCCACAAAACAGCCCCACCAUAUGCCCAGUCACCUGACAACUCCUCUGUCUUUAAAUGACAUCCCUCCUCGUAUCGCCGAGACCAUGGAGAAUGAGGACUCGUGGGAUUUUGACAUUGUCAACUUGGAGGCUGCAACCAUGAAACGGCCUUUGACUUACUUGGGUAUGAAGAUCUUCUCCCGGUUUGGGGUCUGCGAGUUCCUAAACUGCCCUGAGGCCACUUUGCGCUCCUGGCUACAAGUGAUUGAAGCUAACUACCACUCCAGUAACUCCUACCACAACUCUUCUCAUGCAGCUGAUGUCCUGCAUGCAACGGCAUACUUUCUCUGCAAGGAGAGGGUCAAGCAAAGUUUGGAUCCCAUCGACGAGGUGGCUGCCCUGAUUGCUGCCACUGUGCACGACGUGGACCACCCGGGACGCACCAACAGCUUCCUGUGCAAUGCAGGAAGCGAGCUGGCCAUCCUCUACAAUGACACUGCUGUGCUAGAGAGCCACCAUGCGGCUCUUGCCUUCCAGAUCACUACCAGAGAUGAUAAGUGUAACAUAUUCAAGAACAUUGAAAGGAAUGAAUAUCGAACACUUCGACAGGCCAUCAUUGAUAUGGUGCUCGCGACCGAGAUGACCAAACACUUCGAACACGUCAACAAAUUUGUCAACAGCAUCAACAAGCCACUGGCUGCUCUGGAGGAGAACGGGGGAAACAAUGAUGAUGAAUCUGUCAAAAACAUUCUGACAUCCCCUGAGAAUCGCAUCCUCGUCAAGCGGAUGCUGAUUAAGUGUGCAGACAUCUCCAAUCCAUGCAAGCCUCAGGAGCUCUGUAUAGAAUGGGCCGGACGCAUCUCAGAGGAGUAUUUUGCACAGACGGACGAGGAGAAGAGACAAGGUCUACCGGUGGUUAUGCCUGUGUUUGACAGAAACACGUGUAGCAUCCCAAAGUCCCAGAUUUCCUUCAUAGACUACUUCAUUACCGACAUGUUUGAUGCAUGGGAUGCUUUCGCAGAUCUCCCCAAUCUUAUGCAGCACUUGGACAACAACUUCAAGUACUGGAAAGGCCUGGAUGAGAGGAAGCUGCACAGCCUGCGACCGCCUCCAGAGUAGGACUGCUGCCGUGUUCAGCCCUGGGACCUCGAGAUCCGGGGCAGCCCUCCUCUCUCCUGCUGGGGGCGUCUAUCUCCCUGCCAGCCCAGCCAGCCAAAAGGCCUCCUCGCCUUCACUCUCCUGCUUCUGUAGCACGCCGAGUGUCCACAUGUCCGUCCACACAGAAACCACAGAGGGACUUCUUGACAGGCCGUUUGCAGCAGUGACACUGCUGGCUUUAUGACCCUGUCAGAUGAAAACUGUGACAAACAGACACGCAGCCUCCUUGUGAACUUCUCGUGCCUCACGGCGAUUCGCAGUGUGGCUGGUCAAGUGACAUGACAGAGAGUGUCCUUACAGGCCUCCGUCCCCCUAAUUACCACAUGGGCACUCCUUCCUGCCUGUGAAGUUGCUAUUUGAGUAAAAAACUGCUUGUUUACUGAAGGAGCGAGCAACACUGGAGGAGUGGAUGGAAGUGUGGCCUGGAUAUGAAGGUGUCAGAACCACGUCAGGCCAUAUAAUCACCUUUUGACCUCCAUCCCUGUGCUAGCAAAAAGGCAGAACUGCUCCUUUUGCCCCUGUAGGCCACACCAUGGAAUAACACUCCACUGCUCUUUUUUCUUUUCUUUUUUUUUUUUGGUGUCCUUCAGAAACAAGUUGACGUGUCGCGGUCAUAACAGACAUGUGGGAGGGGAUGCUUUCUUUAUGGGUCAAGGAGUGGAUCUUUACUUUAGGCCACUGCUGAGAGACGAAAGCCUCAACAUCAUGAUCAUAGUUAACUAAUUACAGAUGAUUUGGUUUGUUCCUUUUUCUUAGAUGUUCCAUUUUUUUCUAUAUUAAGAUUCACAAGCAAAUUAGUUGAUAAAUAAAUAAGAAACUAAAUUAAUUUCAGAAAGAGAGAGAAAAGCCAAAGCUGAUGAAGACAAAUACUAAUAUAGCUCAAAAAAAUUAAUAAUCACAAUUAUUAUUCAUAUGAAGCAUUACCAUAAUAAACAUUUUUAUUUUCUUAUCAAAAGUACAGUACCAGUUUGAAUGAACACUUUUGUAUUGCACUGUAAACAAUAUUACAAAUGUCUACGUCUCAGUGAUUUGUCCAGGGAUGGGAUGUUGCAUUGUAGAAUAAGCUGUUAUUGUUUAUCAUCAGGAGUAUGUGUGUGUGUGUGCGCAGGGUGUAUGUGUGUGCGUGUGUGUGUGUUUGGGUCGUAGGUGUGGAUGCGUGUGUGUGUGUGUGUGUGUGUGUGUGUGUAUGUGUGGGUGUUUUUGGGUCGUAGGUGUGUGUGUUUGGGUCGUCGGUGUGGGCGUGUGUGUGUGUGUGUGUGUAUGUGUGGGUGUGUUUGGGUUGUAGGUGUGGGCGCGUGGGUGUAUUCAUUGUUGCAACAGUCCCUUACUCUUGGUUUAAUGCUGUAAACCGCUUGACAUUUGACAACAGCAGAAAUAUGUGAAAACAUUUUGGACUUGAAAAUGUUUUCUCCCAGAAUUUUUUGUAUCUGGUUUAUCCUACUGAAAAGACUGCCUUAUUUUAUACAAUAUUUAUACAGUACAUCCCACUGUGCAACUGCAACGGACAUCUGGAGUUUUUAUUAUGACAUAGUCAGAAGGUUAUGUUCAAGUAAAUCUCAAUAUUUUUAUAGACAAUGAAUUUUACACUGGAUUUGCAGCAAAUGAGAUCAACCGUUAUAGCUAUCUGAAUACCUGUGAAUUGGAUGGUCACACUCGGCAUGUAUACAGAGAACUAAAUGGUUAAGAAGGAUGUGGAUCACAGAGUUGUCUAUCACUGUCUCCUAGAGGCCAGCUUGCAUUUGUUUUUGAUCAAACACCAUUCUAUUUUGGCCACUUGUCCAACAUCCUUAUGCACAGACCCCGGGAACCGCUUUAUGUUCAAGGCCGGUUUCAGAUUAGGAUACUAAUAUAUGUUAAGGAUUGUCGCUUAUUAAGAAUAUUUCCUCUUUAAACAGUAUAUAAAUGCCAUAACAGCUAAGCAAAUUAUGGUUAUUGAGAUGUUUUGACCACGUUAUCUUUGUUUCUUAUGACAGAACUGUACACUCAAUCAGGGGAUUGUUUGUUCCUUCUGAUUCACAUCUUGGUCUGAAGGCACGGGUGGAAAAAAAUAGAAACUAUUCAAUGAAAAAUAAAAUAAUGUCAAUUAUAAGUUUGCAGUUUAUUUCCUGCAAUGAUUCAACCUGUGUCCUCCUUACUUAUGUCACAUUUAUCUUGUCUUUUUUCUCUCAUUCUUUAUAAGACUACAAUAUGCCUUAUACAUGUAUUUGAUAUUUGCACUGAGUCUGUCUAGCUAUCUCACUACCUCUGUAGGUUACUUCUUUUACUAGUUUUUAGAGCAAUAAGAAAGGACCAUAUUUUACUUUUUUGAAUAGAGGCAAAAGAUAUAUCUCAAACUCCAAUGUGGCUGGUUCGGACACUGACUGUAAAAUGGACAAUAGAGAACAACAUUAAACUAAUUUGCUUUUACUGAGAUGACACAUUGAACCAAUGUGCUUCUCUUCUUCCAGACUGCCUAACAUUAGAAUACCCGAUCUCCACAGGUGUAGGAACAAGUAGUAUAAACAGCCUUAUUCAUCUUUUUAGUGUCACUCAUUAUUCAUCAAUUACAUUUUUUUUUUUUUAAGAACACAUAACAGAGUGAGUAGUGUAUUGAAUUGAUCAAGUGUGUGUUUGAUUGCCUAUGAAGUCAACUUUUCCUUUGUAACUGUUUUUUUGUUUCUUUUAAAGGUUACAUAUUCUUGCUUUAAGGUUGAGGUCAGGGAAUGAUCGUGGUUUGGUUUAAAGAAAUCAUUUGAUUAAGAUAAGGAAAUGAUUGUGGUCGUGGUUAAAAGAACACUAUGUCGGCUGGUAAAAGGAAAUGGGAAAUAAACAAUGGUCUCCCAUGUCUAAAUCACUUUGUGGACCCAUCUAUCGACCGCAAACUCCUCUUUCAUGGUUUUUCAAUACUAAAAAGUAUGACGUUCAACUUGUAAAUGUGUUCCUGGCAAACAAGAGUUAGUAAUUCCCACUGCGGUACUUGUCAGCUAAAUGUAGCUAACAUUUUAAGCUAUUAAAUGCGUUUUACCCCC